AUGGGCAGAGCUUCUCUGGUCCAAGGUCAUAUAAACGAGACGGUGGUCAGUAAGUUUCUCCUCCUGGGUCUCUUGCAUCUGUCUAACAUAAAACCCGCGAUGUUUGGGGCUUUCUUGGUCGUCUUCCUCAUGACCCUGACAGGGAACAGUCUGAUUAUUUGGGUGAUUAGAGCAGAUCUUCGCCUUCACACCCCAAUGUAUUAUUUUUUGGGGAACCUGUCAUUCCUGGAGAUCUGCUACACGUCCAUCACGAUACCCAACGCACUGUCCAACAUUUUGCAGGACACCAUUGCCAUCUCCUUUGCUGGCUGCAUGACCCAGGUCUACCUCUUCACACUUUGCGCCACUGCGGAGUGCAUCCUGUUGGCCGCCAUGGCUUGUGACCGCUACGUGGCGAUCUGUCGACCAUUGCGUUACACGGCGCUCAUUAACAGAACGGUCUGUGUGGGUCUAGCCGCCUUCGCUUGGAUGAGUGGAUUCAUCAACUCCACCAUCAACACCAUCCUCACGUCCAGACUGGUUUUCUGUGGCAGCAAUUCGAUAGAGCGCCUGUAUUGUGAGGUCCAGCCAUUAAUUCGGCUCUCCUGCGGAGAGACCUGGCUGAAUGAUAUUUUUGCCAUGGCCUCGGGGGCGGUAUUUGGGGUGAGCUGUCUGCUUUUCAUCCUCACAUCCUAUGUAUUUAUUAUCCUGGUCAUCCUGAGGAUGCCGAGCCGGCAGAGUCGACAUAAGACCUUCUCCACGUGCGCUUCUCAUGUCAUCGUGGUCAUCCUGUACUAUGGCGCCCUCAUCUUCAUGUAUCUGCUGCCCAAUACGGGCUCCUCUCAGAAGGUGGACAUUGCCGUCUCCUUGAUCUACUCGACGCUGACCCCCAUGCUGAACCCCAUUAUUUACAGUCUGAGGAACCAGCAGGUGAAGGGGGCACUGAGGGCAGCCAUCGUAGGGAAAUGGGUCUUAAUGUCAGAGAGACUGGGGUGCAGACGGCACUAG